AUGCCGGGCGAACCGCGCGAAGCGCAUAUCGAUACAGUCCUGCGACGGAGCGGUGCAUCGUCCAACGAGCUGACCGCAGCUGCGAAGCUAGAGAGCGUGAAAUCAUUUUUGCACGAGUGCAAAGUGCUCGUCAUCGGCGCGGGCGGACUUGGGAGCGAGCUAUUGGCCAACCUCGCGCUGAUGGGUUUCAAAACCAUACAUGUGAUUGACAUGGACACGAUCGAUGUAUCGAAUCUGAACCGCCAGUUUCUUUUUCGCGAAGCGGAUGUGGGCCAACCCAAGGCAACGACAGCGGCCAAAUUUGUGCAAAGACGGGUUCCGGGCGUUUCCAUCACGCCGUACGUGGGCAGGAUUCAGGACAAGGACGAGGAAUACUACAUGCAGUUCAAUAUCAUUCUCUGUGGACUCGAUUCGGUCGAAGCACGCCGCUGGAUCAAUGCUAUGCUGGUCAAUAUGGUCGACGAGUCGCGCCCGGAAUCGCUUAAGCCAUUGAUCGAUGGCGGCACAGAGAGCUUAAAAGGCCAGGCGCGUGUGAUUCUGCCGGGGAUUACGAGCUGCUACGAGUGCAGCUUGGAUAUGCUGCCGAAGCGCACUACGUUCCCGAUUUGCACGAUUGCAAAUACACCGCGUCUCCCUGAACACUGUAUCGAGUGGGCCAGCGUGCUGGAAUGGCCGCGCGUGCACGGCGAUAAAAAAUUGGAUACAGACAGUCCAGAUGAUAUCCAGUGGGUGCUUGACACGGCACUUUUGCGCGCUAAUGAAUUCAAGAUCGAUGGCAUUACAUGGUCACUCACACAGGGAGUCGUGAAAAACAUUAUACCAGCAAUUGCUAGCACGAACGCCAUCAUUGCAGCUGCGUGUACGCAAGAAGCGUUCAAAAUUGCCACCUCGUCAGCGGCGUACCUGAACAAUUACAUGAUGUACGCUGGAAACGAGGGCGUGUACACGUAUACGUUUGAUUAUGAAAAACGCCAAGACUGUCCUGUUUGCGGGGGUAUGAGCCGUACAUUGACAAUAGCGCGCGACGCGCCAUUGCAGCGGCUGAUUGAGCUCUUGACAGAGUUGCCCGAUAUACAGUGUAAGCGGCCGUCCGUGUCGGGGCCAAAAGGACCGCUUUAUCUACAGCUACCACCGGCGCUGGAGCUGGCCACGCGGGUAAAUCUCGACAAGAUGCUCCCUGAACUCGGCAUCACAGCAGACGACGUCCUGACAGUCACCGACCCAAACUUGCCUUUUACAUUGUCCGUAGCCGUGGUAUUUGCGCAGCCUCCACAUCGGACCUAA